AAUGUGCUAAGCUCCCAUUAAAAAUAUGAUUAAUUAAAUUAUUAUGCUUUCGUUUUCAUCCCGCCGCAGGGGCAUCCAUCCCUUCUGCAAAAGUCUAUAAAACAAAUAAAUUAAAUCCACCAAACGCAUCUGCAACUGAUCGAUAUCAAUGGAGCAAUUACUCCUAAUCCUCCUCUUUUCCUUGCUAGUCCUCGUCGUUACCCUAACUCUGAUCAUCAAAUCCAGCAAUUCCAGCUCCAGAUCAUCAUCAACUUACAUCUUCCCAGCUCCUCUCCCGCCAGGGCCCAGCCAGCUUCCGAUCAUCGGCCACUUACAUCAUGUUCUCUCCGGCGACCCCAUUCCCCACAUUUCUCUCCGAAACCUCUCCUCCCUUCACGGCCCCAUCAUGCUCCUCCGCCUCGGCCAAGUAAAUUACACCGUCAUCUCCUCCCGAGAAGCCGCCGAAGAAAUCCUCCGAACCCACGACCUCUGCUUCGCAUCUCGUCCAGAGAUCAAUCGAUCCCGGGCCAUGACCUACGGCUUCCGUGACAUCGCUAUGGCACCUUAUGGCCCCAGUUGGCGCCUUCUACGCAAGAUUUGCAUAACAGAGCUGCUCACAGUAAAGCGGGUCGCUAGCUUCGCAUCUAUCAGGAACGAGGCGGUUUCAGCCUUAGUUGAAAGCAUCGGCGCCGUUGCUGGAAGAAAUGUAGCGGUUAAUCUCAAGCAAAAGCUUGAGGAGACUACGAACGAUAUUGUAACGAAGGCGGCCUUCAGUAGGGAGUGUCGACAGGGGAGGAAGGAGGAGUUUCUUAGGUUGCUGAGGGAUAUGCUUUCGCUAUCGUCGGGAUUAGAUUUGGGCGAUCUUUUUCCGUGGCUAGGGUUUUUGGAUACCGUGCUUGGAGUGAAGGACAGAAUUGAGGGGCAUCUUAGGCGACUGGAUGCGAUCCUGGACGAGAUCAUCGGCGAGCACGAAGCACGGCUGAGAUUGAUGAAGAGCGAAGGGAUUGACGAUGGGAACUUCGACUUGUUGGAUGUUCUGCUUAGGGUUCGAUACGAAGAGCAGUUUGACCAAUCGAUUAGCGUUGAGCACGUCAAGGCGGUCGCCCUCGAGCUAUUCUUUGCAGGCAUAGACACAACAUCUUCUACAAUGCAAUGGGCCAUGUCUGAACUGAUGAGAAAUCCCAAAGCAAUGGAGAAGGUGCAAAGAGAGAUCCGACAAGUGGCUACAAUGGGAGGUAAAAGAAAAUUAGAAGAAGAAGACCUCAACAAGCUGAACUACUUAAAACAAGUUAUAAAAGAGACUCUAAGGCUUCAUCCUUCCCUUCCUCUACUGCUGCCGAGACUCUGCCGUGAGACUUGUCAAGUGCAAGGAUUUACUGUGCCGGCAGGCACGAGAGUUCUUGUCAAUGUGUGGGCGUUAGGCAGAGAUUCUCGAUACUGGGAUGAUCCUGAGGAGUUCUUGCCGGAGAGAUUCGAUGAAAAAAUGGUGGAUUUCAGAGGGGCUAAUUUUGAGUUCUUGCCAUUUGGAGCUGGGCGAAGGAUUUGCCCAGGGAUGAAUUUUGGCCUGGCGAAUGUGGAGCUCACGCUGGCUAAUCUGUUGCUUUGCUUUGAUUGGGACUUGCCGGACGGAAUGAAGGCAAGCAAUCUGGAUAUGAGUGAGACGAUUGGAUCAACUUCAGCGAGGAAGGUUGACUUGUGUUUGCUUGCAACUACAUAUACUAUCUAGCUCAGAUUUUUGGUGAAAAUUGUCAGGUUAAAAAGGCUUUUGAAUGAGCUAAGAAAAUUAGGCUUCUUUUUGAGAUAACAUUUUUAUUACUUUUUAAAA